AUGGAUUCCAAUGCCCUCGCAAACCAUGACAAGCGGAGACGCCGGAGUGCGCUGGCAUGCAAUACAUGUCGGGAGAGACGGACAAAAUGCGAUGGUCAGCGGCCCAAGUGUUCUUUCUGUGCUGAGCGAGGGAAAGAGUGCCUCUACCAGGAGCCGCAAGAUCUUCCACCUUCUCCGCUGAGAGCGGAGCUUUCAAGGUUAUGGGGCCAACUGGACCACAUCACGGCAAUAGUACAGGGUCAGGUUUCACCAAAGUCUCACUUCCACAACAGCCGACAAAGCUCUCCUGUUACAGCCGGUGAAACGUCUUUGGGUUUUCCGUAUAUGAUACUCCAGAGUGGAGCAUUUAUGAAGUUGCUUGGCCUUGAUACAUCCCUGCCUGUCUAUCUCGAGCACACAGAGCGCGGAAGGCAAACGGUCCCUGCUCAGUCAUUACAGGGCGGGAUCCUGAUGAUAGACCUCGACGAAGCAUCGAUUCUUUUGAAUGCGUUCACGGAGCAGAUUCAUACCUGGUACCCGAUCCUGCAUGCGGAGUAUGCCGAUGACUUUGUCCUGGCAGUAACGUCGUGUUUUCCGUCGUCGGUGUCAUCCUGCAUGACACUCCUCGUCUUGGCCAUUGGUUGUAUGGUGGGAUGCGAGAAUGGCGUCGAUGCUCUCCAGACUCGCCCGGAUGCAACGUAUAUCCAAGCGGCCAUGGAGAUGCUUCCCUGCGUCUUUUCUGACGGUAGCCCUCGCAGCGUGCAAUCCCUGCUCCUGUUCGCUAUAUACUACCUAUGCGAUGCGCAGCCGUGUCAGGCUCAUGAUUUUGUGGCAAUGGCGUCAUCUAAACUGCAAACCUAUAUCAUGAACGAGAUCAGAGUCCAGCUAGACCUCGUCGAUAGUGGGAUCUGGAAUAUGACUCCGUUCGCACCUGCCCCAACAGCCUCAGGCACAUGGAGUUGGCACGUAAACCAAUCGUACGGCUCUCCGGCAUCAGAUUCCCGCGGGAGCGAGAUAUAUCCCCGAUACACCGACGCGUCAUACUUCGUCGCGGAGAUCGCGAUGCGGAAAAUGCUGCAGCGCUGCACAUGGGCAACGAGCACACUCGGGCAAGGCAAAUACGUCUACGCGCCGAUUGUCGCAGCCGAACUAGAGCGCCAGUUAGACAAAUGGCUCCAGUUGCUCCCGGAGACAUUAUCCUUCCGUGGGGCGCUGGACAUCGGAUAUCACCCGCGGCAGAAUCCCCUUUCGAGUUCGCCGCAGGGGGAGUUUUUGCACACGCAGUAUUAUGCCUUCAGGGCGUCGAUUUAUUGGCCAGCGGUCUACGAGGUUCUUACCACGGGGGAGGCGAACGGGGACCUUCUUUGCCACUGUGCAAGGUUCUUUAGUAGCUAUGCCGAGUUUGUUCCGAGUGCUGCUGCGGCAGUUGCUGCGUGUAGGCCGAAUCUGUGGACUCUGUGUACAAGCUAUGACACUGGCACGAUCAGUGGAAUCCUUGCGAUGCCGUACUGGGCUACCACCUUCUCGACGGGAUAUCGGGACAGCACCGGCCAGCUGAACGUCACGUCCAGCCAGUCGUCUGCUAUUGUCUCCAUCCUCUCUGGCGGGACCUUCUUCGGUGCCCUUGGUGCCGCCCCCAUGGGCGACAUCAUCGGACGUCGUUGGGGCCUCAUCGCGUCGAAUGGUGUCUUCGUCCUCGGAGUUAUCCUACAAACCAUCGCAACCUCCAUCCCACCGUUCCUCGCAGGCCGCUUCUUCGCUGGGCUGGGCGUUGGUCUUAUUUCUGCACUGGUCCCCCUUUACCAAUCCGAGACGGCCCCCAAAUGGAUCCGAGGAUUCAUCGUGGGCUCCUACCAGUUCGCCAUCACCGUCGGCCUCCUCCUCGCCUCCCUCAUCAACAACGCAACGCACCACCGCAACGACACAGGCUCCUACCGUAUUCCGAUCGCCGUGCAAUUCGCCUGGUCCAUCAACCUCGUCGUGGGCAUGCUUAUCCUCCCGGAAACCCCACGGUACCUGGUCAAACGCGAUGAUAUGAAAGCCGCCGCGCGCAGCCUCUCGAAACUGCGGCGCCUCCCCGAAGACCACGAGUCGAUCCGCCAAGAACUCUCAGAGAUCCAAGCGAACCACCAGUUCGAAGUUUCGCUCGGGAAAUCCGGGUACAUCGAUUGUUUCCGCGGGAAUCUGCUCAAGCGACUUGUGACGGGGUGUCUCCUGCAAGCGCUGCAGCAGCUCACGGGGAUUAAUUUCAUUUUCUACUAUGGGACGCAGUUCUUCAAGAACUCUGGAUUCAAAAAUGAGUUUGUCAUCACGCUUAUUACGAACUGUGUGAAUGUGGGAUCGACUAUCCCCGGGUUGUACGCGAUUGACAAGUGGGGAAGGCGGCCCGUUUUGCUGCUUGGUGCAGUUGGUAUGGCCGUUUCGCAGCUUCUUGUUGCUGUUCUUGGAACCACGACCACGGGGCAGGACGCGCAGGGAAAUAUUAUCGUGCAUAAUGACGCGGCGCAGAAGGCGGCUAUUGCGUUUAUCUGUCUUUAUAUCUUCUUCUUUGCGGCUUCGUGGGGGCCGAUUGCCUGGGUCGUAACAGGCGAAAUCUUCCCCCUGAAAACCCGCGCAAAAUCCCUCUCGAUGACAACCGCCACAAACUGGCUCCUAAACUGGGCAUUGAGCUUCGCAACCCCAUACCUAGUGAACUACGGCGAAGGCAACGCAAACCUGCAGUCGAAGAUCUUCUUCAUCUGGUUCGGGUGCUGCUUCCUCUGUAUCGGGUUUGUGUACUUUAUGAUAUAUGAGACGAAGGGGCUUACACUGGAGCAAGUGGAUGAGCUUUAUUUUGAGGUGAGCAGUGCGAGGAGGAGUGUGGGGUGGAGGCCCAGGGAGGGUUUUGCGGGGGAUAUUGCGGGGGUAAUUAGAGGGGGGGAAGGCAAGGAGGGUGUCAUUGGGGCGGGUGGUUUGGCCGGUGAGAUUGAGAUUGAGGAGAAGGGGGGUGUUGCGGAGCAUCGGGAGGUUGGGGUUGGGGCGUGA